CGAAGUCACACAUUAUUCAAGACCGUCCUCACUUAAUUGACAUUUUCGUUCAACCAAGUCGCUCUAACUUUCCAACCCAUACCAUUUGUUUCCCAUGUCCGACUUCUUCAAAUCCUCGGCAUCGUCUAGUUCUCCGUCAGACAUGGCCGCAAAGAAAGAAGCUGUAAUGAAUGGUGUACGCUCCGAGAUUGCCCUAGCCAGCGCGCAGGAGCUUAUAAAUAAAACGAACGAAAAAUGCUAUGACAAGUGCAUUACGAAGCCUGGGACCUCCCUGUCCGGCUCAGAGGAGACAUGCCUGUCUCGGUGUCUCGAGCGUUACCUGGAAACAUUCAACAUGAUCAGCAAAACCUACACGGCCCGCUUAAGCAGAGAACGGGAGCAGCGGCAAAAUAAUCAGAUAUAACCGGCAUAUUGUAUUUGUACAACCCCAUUCCAUUAAUCGUGCUUUCAGUGCUAGUCGUUAAUCAAUCUCACAUGUGUGAUAUCAUGCCGGCUCCAUU